AUGUCAGGAAGGAAUGAUGUUGCAAUUGCUGCUUCUUUGGAGGCUAUGGCUCAUGCUAUGGCGAAUCAGCUGAAUGCUUAUAAGAAUGCUGGAUCUCGUAGUUUGGCGACUUUCCAGAGGGAGAAUCUGCCUACCUUUAAGGGCAUGUAUGAUCCUGAUAGCACAUUGACUUGGUUGAAGGAGAUUGAGAGAAUCUUCUAUGUGAUGGAUUGCACUCAAACGCAGAAGGUUCGAUAUGGAACUCAUAUGCUACCAGUCGAGGCUGAUAACUUGUGGCUAGAGACUAGUCAGAGAUUGGAGACUGCUGGUGAAGAGAUCACUUGGGCCGUGUUUCGUUGGGAGUUCAUGAGGAAGCAUUAUCCUGAAGAUGUUCGGGGAAAGAAGGAAAUCGAAUUCCUUGAGCUGAAGCAGGAGAAUAAGUCGGUUACUGAGUAUGCUACGAAGUUUGUUGAGCUGGCCAAGUUCUAUCCACAUUAUAGCGAGGCGACUGCUGAAUUUUCAAAGUGCAUCAAGUUUGAGAAUGUGUUACGCUCUGAGAUCAAGAAAGCAGUUGGAUACCAGAAGAUCUGUGUGUUUGAUGAUUUGGUUGAUAGUUGUCGGAUUUAUGAGGAGGAUAAUAAUGCUCAUUAUAAGAUUGUCAAUGAGAGGCGGGGUAAGAACCAACAUAAUCAUGGCAAGCCUUAUGAUGCUCCAGCUAGGAAAGGAAAGCAUAAAGUUGCACAUGGUCAGAGAACUAGUGGGGGAGAUGCUCCUGCUAGUGUCGUCUAUUUCAAGUGUGGGAAACUUGGUCACAAGAGUAAUGUGUGUAAUGCUGAAGUGAAAAGGUGUUUCCGUUGUGGCAAAAGUAGGCAUACAACUCCUGAUUGUAAGUAUAAGGAAGUUAUAUGUUUCAAUUGUGGCGAAGAAGGGCAUAUUAACAGUCAGUUUCAUAAACCAAAGAAGGAACAAGGCAGUGGAAAGGUGUUCGCCUUGGCUGGGACUCAGAUAGGCAAUGAGGAUGGACUUAUCAGAGGUACAUGUUUCAUUAAUAGUACUGCUUUAUUCACUAUUAUUGAUACUGGUGUUACUCAUUGCUUUAUUGCUGUUGAUUGUGUUGAAAGAUUGAAUUUUACAUCGUCUGCUAUGAAUGGAGAGAUGGUCGUCGAUCUUCCAUCUAAGGGAUCGGUGACUACAUAUCUUGUGUGCUUAAAGUGUCCUUUGUCGAUCUUCGACAGAGACUUUGUUGUUGAUUUAGUUUGUUUACCAUUAAGAGGGUUGGAGUGA